AUGGACGAAAAUAUGCUCGCUGCGGCAGUGGUCCUUCGAUUUUACGAGGAAUUAGAUUCUCCAUUUAUGGAAUUGCCUACUGAUGCUGCUACUAGGGGACUGCAAGUAUUCAUUGAAGCACAAGCAAGCUUGGCACUGUUAUCUUCUGGACUACGACACGCCGCAUUCUGGGUCGGAUUCAGACAAGAGUUCCAUAUGGCCUUCUUGCAGCAGCGUACCUUUCGUCUCUCUCUUGAAGUGUGCGAUAGCUACCUCUCGUGGGACACUGCUCCUGACCAUGUAUUGGUCAACCGACUUCUAAUUAUUGCUGCGCAUGUCGUAAAGUAUUGCUAUGAAGAUCAAGAUACGCAGUUACACACAGAUUAUGAGGAGCUAACAUCAAUCUAUCACCGAUGGCUCGAAAAGCGACCACCUUCUUUCCUUCCUAUCUACUCUGACAAUUGGAACGAAGAGAAGGCCAACUUAUUUCCUCGGAAGUGGUACUUGAAUGAUUGCCACAUUGUUGCCGAGCAAACAAUUGGCUUGAUCAACAUAUUACUUACAGCUUAUGACCCGAGAGUGGUACGGGUUGGCCCGGGCCAUCGAAGCGCAAUGGAGUCUAUGGAUGCCAAACUCAGGUCGAUUGUCUUGGACAUUUGCGGGACAGCGAUAUCAAACAGACAAGAGCCGACCGCACUUCUGACAGCAGCUUUUGCCAUUGCCAUAUGUGGUGAUAGAUUUUCUGAAUUUGCAGAACAACAGGCAUUGAUGGACAUCAUUGUAAAUACUGUUCGGGAUAACAAUUACUGGCCAUCGACUGCUCUUGGGGCCAAGCUCAGAAAAGCAUGGAGUUGGGAUCUUUGA